GGGCUCUGCGUGAACAGCAGGAUGGAGCUGUUCGUGGCCGAUGCUUACAACCAGGCGGUGAGACGAGUCAGUUCGAUCCGCAUAAAUGUGGAAGCGAAGAGCAUGGAGGACCUGGUGCACGCAGAUGUUGUGACUAUAGCAGGCCAUGGAGCGAAGGGGCACGUGGAUGGGCCUGUGGGGGAGUGCAAGUUCUGCUAUCCUCAUGACGUUCUGUUUCAAGACAUGGACGGGGCAGAGCACCUGCUAGUUGCUGAUUUCGACAACAACUGCAUCAGAAAGGUUUUCAUCACCAACGGGGUAGGAGAGCAUGUGGUCACGUGGGCAGGGAGUAACUUGUCGAAACCAGGGCUGAGGGAUGGGAGCAUUAAGGAAGCGUUGUUCAAUCAUCCCGGUGGCAUCUCGGCGGAUCAGAGCGGCGAGAACAUUUUCAUCGCCGACACGUACAACCAUGCAAUCCGCCACAUCACGAGAGACGAGGACAGGAACUGGACGGUGACGUUGAUCGCGGGGUCGCGGUCAGGGCAGUCAGGGUUUGAGGACGGAGAGGGCGAAAGCGCGAGAUUCAACUGUCCGACGGGCCUGGCGGUUGUCAACGAGCAAGAGAUCUUGAUCAGCGAUUUCAGCAACAGCGCUAUCCGUCUCCUCCGACGAGUCCGCGGCGACUGGCUGGUGACGACUGUGGUAGGCAAGACAUCAAAAGAUUCGGAGGGUCGCAUGCUACCGGAGUCAGGAUACGUCGACGGUCCUGUGGAUCAGGCGCGGCUCAAUCGUCCUCACGGGGUCGCGUGGGACGAGGCGAGCAGAAGCGUCUUGAUCGCCGACUGCAUGAACCACCGCAUCCGACGUGUGCAGCACGGACAUGUCAGCACCCUUGUGUGAGGAGGAGGAGGAGGAGGAGUUUUUAUAGUACAGAGAGAUUGUCUGAAU